CAGAGUUCUUCUUGUGUUUAAUAGGUCUCUCUGUUAACAACAUUCGACGACGAAACUUCUCAAGAUCGUAACAGUGUAGCUUUAAUGGCUUUAUCUUUUGGAUUCUUACAAAGGGACAACAGUUUCAAGAAAGAUUCACAAGAGUGUAAAACACCAAGAGUUCUGAAUAGCCCAGUAAACAUGUUUCUUGAAAAGACCCUAUCCUUCAAGGAUUUGGUCGAUCACAAUUACAAAAAUGAGAGUUUUGGGGUCAAAACGAGAAAAGGUAUAAACUUAAAGGGUCCUAAACCAGAUAACAUGGUUCUUGAGAGGAGUCUCUCGUUCACGAGUCUAGUACAGGUGGAGAACAGAGAAGAAGAAGACGAGGACGAAAGAGGCUCGCCUCCGAAACGAAGGAACAAGGGUAAAAUGGGAAUAAUAGGGAACUUAACGGCGUUAAGUGUACCUGCACCGAAGCCGCUCUGGUCUCCUAGGCCGUCGACGGAGCUUGACGCUGCGGCCUUGACGUUACAAAAGGUUUACAAGAGUUAUCGAACGCGUCGAAAUCUCGCUGACUGUGCAGUUGUUGUUGAAGAGUUAUGGUGGAAAGAAUUGGAAUUGGCAGCGUCAGAACCGAACCGAACCAACCAGAAACCGGAGACGGCUGUGUCGAGGUGGGCAAGAGCUGGAACAAAAGCAGCAAAGUUAGGGAAAGGAUUGCUGAAAGAUGAUAAAGCCCAGAAACUAGCAUUGCGACAUUGGUUAGAAGCCAUUGAUCCACGUCAUAGGUACGGACACAAUUUACACUUAUACUACGAUGUUUGGUCGGAAAGCGAGAGUACUCAGCCAUUCUUCUUCUGGUUAGACAUCGGAGAUGGCAAAGAAGUGAAUCUCACCAAAUGUCCACGAACUCUUCUUCAACGCCAAUGCAUCACUUACCUUGGUCCGAAAGAGAGACAAGCGUACGAAGUUGUAGUGGAAGGAGGGAGACUAGUCAACCGACAAAACAAGAACUUUAUUGAGACCGUUGAAGGAACCAAAUGGAUUUUCGUGUUGAGCACGGCACGGAAAUUAUACAUUGGCCAGAAACAAAAAGGACGGUUUCAACAUUCAAGUUUUCUCUCCGGCGCUGCCAUCAUUGCCGCUGGUAGAAUUGUCUCACAGGACGGAGUUUUAGAAGCUGUGUGGCCGUAUAGUGGUCAUUAUCUUCCGACAGAAGAGAAUUUUCGAGAGUUUAUCGAUUUCUUAAAAGAAAAUCAUGUGGAUCUCACUAACGUCAAGUUGAAUGCGAUUGACGAUGAUAAUCAUAUGGUCUCCAAUGAUGGAAGCACAAAGCCGUCGAUAUCUAACGGUCGAGAUGAAACUAAGGCCAUCACGGCUGAUGCGACGGCUGAUGAUCUCAGGGAACAGAAACGCUUUCCAUGCAAGUGGAGUACCGGGAAUGGGCCUAGGAUCGGGUGUGUGCGGGACUACCCUGUGGACUUGCAGACGCGGGCGCUUGAACAAGUUAACCUUUCUCCUCGUGUGGUUAACAUGACGAUGGGACUAUUUGGUCCAAUACCUUCACCAAGGCCUAGUCCAAAGAUUCGUGUCUCUCCUAGGUUAUUUUGCAUGGGUCUUCCAAGUCCAAAGAAUUAAUUUUCCAGCUUCUUUUUUAUCUGUUAUCAUUCAAUUUUUCUUGUCUUCCUUGAUCUUGGAUGAUUCUUUAAUUAGCGUAAAACUUGUACCCAUCAAAAGUUUAGGUACGUAGUUUAAUUUUACA